GGCUGACAAGGCCUUCCCGGACCGUAGCGAAGGUGCCCCAUUGCGAGUGGUACGAAAAGGCCGCUUUGGCUGCGUGUGGUCCUCGCAGCCAGCGAGAAGCAAACGCGUUCUCGAAAGGUGAAAGCUCCAGCGAUCUCUUUUACGACCGUCAUGGCAGUCCCAGGUUGCAACAAGGACAGCGUCAGAGCAGGCUGUAAAAAGUGUGGCUACCCUGGUCACCUGACUUUUGAAUGCCGCAAUUUUCUCCGAGUAGACCCUAAAAGGGACAUAGUUUUGGAUGUCAGCAGUACAAGCAGUGAAGAUAGUGAUGAAGAGAAUGAAGAACUGAAUAAAUUGCAGGCAUUACAGGAGAAAAGAAUAAAUGAAGAAGAGGAGAAGAAAAAAGAAAAAAGCAAAGAGAAAAUCAAGUUGAAAAAAAAAAGGAAAAGGUCUUAUUCAUCCAGUUCUACUGAAGAGGACACUUCAAAACAAAAGAAACAAAAAUAUCAGAAGAAAGAAAAGAAAAAAGAAAAAAAGAGUAAAUCAAAGAAAGGGAAACAUCACAAAAAGGAAAAAAAGAAAAGAAAAAAAGAAAAGCAUUCUUCUACUGUUCAUAGUUCUGAAUUCUCCAAAAAGUAACUGAGACUUUGGUCUAAGCCAUUAAAUUUGAAAAUUUGUUUUUAAAAAUUAUUUGCCCUUCCUUAGAAUUUGCUAUAUACUCUGCUUUGCAAUAAAUCCCAGCCUUUUCCAUAUAGACAUUUUUCAUAUGUGGUACUAUUAUCCCUCUGGAAAUAUAUUUUUAAUGUGCUAUGACUAUAAAGUAUUAAAUCAGUCUUAUUACUUGAUAGCCAUGCCCCAAGCUAUUUGUAUAUACAAAGCAUCUUUUUUGGCUUUUGUCUCUGUGUUAUUAAAAUGACAGUACUACAGUAAACACAGGUGAUCUACGUAGCUGUAAGUAUUGCUAAAUCAGGCGUUCAUCUUCCAGUGAUGAAGCUAGGUAGGAGGUAAUGCUUUGAAUGCUUUGCUCUUGACACUGAAAAAUUUAAUAGCUUUAUAUACUAAAAUGUAAUGUACAAAGAUAGUGAAAUUCUUUAUUAUUGUUUUUAAAUUGCUAGACUUUUUCUAAUAUCAUAGGAGAUGAAGCUGCUUUAUUGGUCUUGAGUAGGACUUUUUAAAUGAAUGGUGUCUGUAAGAAGGUAGUAAUCAUGAAAAUAUAACAGAGUUUCACUGUUUUCUGAAAUGCAGAGUUUCUGCCUCCUUUGUUUUUAUAACAAUGGAAAUAUUUCUUCCUUCUUUAGAGCUUAUUAGUAAGUCUUGCCUAGAUGAUGCUAUAUUGGUCAGGUUUUUAGGAUAGACUCCUGGGUUGUUUUACAAAAGUGCCAUAUUGGCAUGUCUCAAAGUAAUACCUCAAAUGGAAAUUUUUAUCUAGGAAGACAGCUAAAUCUUCAUCAGAUCUGAUUUUUAUUGUAUUCAGUGUGUAAAUUUUAUGAAUAUUGUUCUAUGAGUAAUGUGGAAAAUUUUUAUAAAUGUGAGCACAUAUGUUUAGUCUGAAAUAAUUUGUAGUUUUGAAAGAAGUUUUACACUGAACUUAUGGUUUCAUAAAUAGUUUGGGGUGUUUCUGUCUUUUACUUCAGUCACAAACCUCAGGAGAAGCAACAAAAAUUUAGAAUUAAGAAUUUUACUCUGAACUUUUUAAAAUUUAAGAGCCAAGGAGUUGCAUCAUGAAAGCCUUUAUAUAAAAAUUUUGUAUGAGUAAACAUUUCAAACACAUAGUAGUAAAUACACAUUUUUCUUAAAUUUUUGUUUUCACUUUGAUCAGUGAAAUUUGAUCAAAAUUGAUCAGUGAAAUAUUUACUUUGCUUAAUAUUUAGGUAUCCCUUAUGCCCAAUAAGGUAAAUAUUUAUUAUGUUGUACAAGUAUCAAAAAUUAAUCAAUUAUCAUGGCAUAGCACCAAAGACUGCAAAUACCUCACUGUGGUGCAUUUGUAGAUUUUGAAAUUGGUAACCUGCUGACAUGGAUGCCGGUGAAUUCACGGUGAUGAAAUCAGGUAAGUACAUUUAACCUCACGAGCUGCUGUGGUUCACUGACUCUUCUUUUACCCAGCACCUUACCUGGCAUGCCCUCAGUAAGACUUGGGGAGCCGUAUAACUCCUGUUAAUAUAUGUUUAUCCUUGCUUAAAUUUCAGAAAAGCUGCACCCACAUCCCCUUUCUGGCAUUACAGCCAUGGAGCCACUCACACUCGACUAUUGAAUCAUUUGACCCCAUCCAAAAGAAAUUCUUUUUGUUUAAAUAGUUCAGUCAGGUUUGGGGGAGAGAAACACAGACCUAUUAGGUUUUUUAAGGGUUUGUUUUGCCUUUACUACUCAUUUUAUGAAAAUAUAGUCUUUGGUUAUCAAGUUUGAAAAAAAGAAAAGUGAAAAAUACAUGUUUAAAAGAAACGUUUGUUCUUCUUGUGCCAGAUAAUUUAGUAAACCUUAAGAACUGAGAAAGUAGUACAAACAUUUUAUGAAGAAAAUCAAAAAGAAAUGUCCACAGCUCAAUAUGUGACCAAAUAGGGCUAUAGUUGAAUAUGAGCAAAACUUUUCUUUAAAUUUCAGAAUGUUAGGAGGUAUGCAUGUUUUGUUUACAUAUUUCCUCUUUGUAUAGAUUGAGUCAAAAUUUUAAGUGUGCCUUCACCCAGUAUGCACUGUACCCAAUUGGUGUGAAUGUGCCCAUCUCCUCCUCCCCUUCCCCCCAGCUUGACUUUCAUUGAGAUUUACUUCCAUAUGUGCACUUAAGUGUUGAUUGAUUAGUUCUAAUUUGGUAUUGAGUACAAGUAUUUGUUUCUCCAUUCUUGUGAUUUUUCAUUUAGAAGAAUGGUUUCCAGUACCAUCUAGAUCACCAUUUUUUUAUGGCUAAGUAGUACUCUGUAGUGUGUAUACACCACAUUUUAAGUGAGGCUGGUCCAGGUGCAGAGGUGGUUCUUCACCUACUGCUUCCCUUGAGUAGCCUUAAAAAAAAUGAACCAACAUAAAAUGAAAAAAAAAAAAAAAAAAGAUUAGAAGAGUCUACAUACAAAGGGAUGGCCUCAUCCCAUUGAGGGUGCAGUGAUGGUGAUCGUAAUGAAGAGUUAAUUGAGUUAUUUGUAAGUUUUACUACUGUUAAUUAUAAAUUGGUUCCUUAAGCUUGUUUUCUGAAUGGUGACCUAAUAAUUCAGAAGAGUAAAAGCUUUUGUGAAUUAAUAUUAUGUGUGAAUUAAAGGAUUUUAGUGCUCAGUAAUUUCCCCCCCAGAUUUAAUUUUGGAAUUAUUCUUCAAUAGAUUCUCCAUAAUAUUAGCAUAGUUUAUGAAAUAUCUCAUCUGAAUAAAAAUUAUGUAUUUUUACUAAUUUUCUUCUAAAAUGAUCUUAUUGUUAUUAUUGAGAUUGGAUGCAGAUCUCACUCAUACAUUUUGGGAGAAAAUUAAUGAAAUUCCUGCUCAGGCAGUAUAUAGCAGAAAGAAAACUAAAUUUAAUAGUAAAAAUCAAAAAAUUCUUGUUAUUCUAACUAGCUAUAUGAUCUUCAACAAAGGCAUUUAAUUUUUGUGGGCCUUGCUGUCUUUCAUCUAUAAAAUAUUGUACCAGGUUAUCUCUGAGAUCAUUUCCAGUCUGUAGUAUGUAUAAUUAUCAAGAUUUUAGUAAAAUUCAAGUAAUAUUCAUUUUAAGAAUUAUAAUAAGCAGUUAGCAUUUUGUAAUUGAAUAUGUCCAGUUUAUUAAAACACCUGUUAAGCACAUACAACUUCUUUAAGCAGGUAAUUGAUAUUUGGUUUAUAUUCUUACUGCUCAAUGUAUGUAAUUUUCACUAGAUGAAAUAAAAUUUAUAUUUAGA